CGACGGAGAGGGGAGCUGAAGCUGUGUCUGGGCAGCCAGGCUAGGCCAGGAAGGCCAUGUGAAUGGGGCCAGAGGGCUCCUGGGCUGGGCAGGGACCAUGGGCUGUAGCUGCAGCUCAAACCCUGAAGAUGACUGGAUGGAAAACAUCGAUGUGUGUGAGAACUGCCAUUACCCCAUAGUUCCACUGGAGGGCAAGGCCAUGCUGUCCAUCUGGAAUGGCUCUGAAGUGCGGGAUCCACUGGUCACCUACGAGGGCUCCAACCCCCCAGCUUCUCCACUGCAAGACAACCUGGUUAUCGCCCUGCACAGCUAUGAGCCUUCCCACGAUGGAGAUCUGGGCUUCGAGAAGGGUGAACAGCUACGUAUCCUGGAGCAGAACGGCGAGUGGUGGAAGGCGCAGUCCGUGACCACGGGCCAGGAAGGUUACAUCCCCUUCAACUUUGUGGCCAGAGCGAACAGCCUGGAGCCCGAACCCUGGUUCUUCAAGACCCUGACCCGCAAGGACGCGGAGAGGCAGCUCCUGGCGCCCGGGAACACGCACGGCUCCUUCCUGAUCCGAGAGAGUGAAAGCACCACGGGAUCGUUUUCACUGUCCGUCCGGGACUUCGACCAGACCCAGGGAGAAGUGGUGAAACAUUACAAGAUCCGUAACCUGGACAAAGGCGGCUUCUACAUCUCCCCCCGCAUCACUUUUCCUGGCUUGCAUGAGCUGGUCCGACAUUACAUGAAUUCUUCGGACGGGCUGUGCACGAGGUUGAGCCGCCCCUGCCAGACCCAGAAGCCCCAGAAGCCCUGGUGGGAGGAUGAGUGGGAGGUUCCCAGGGAGACGCUGAAGCUGGUGGAGCGGCUGGGGGCUGGCCAGUUCGGAGAGGUGUGGAUGGGGUACUACAACGGGCACACGAAGGUGGCAGUGAAGAGCCUGAAGCAGGGCAGCAUGUCCCCCGAUGCCUUCCUGGCCGAGGCCAACCUCAUGAAGCAGCUGCAACACCAGCGGCUGGUCAGGCUCUACGCGGUGGUCACCCAGGAGCCCAUCUAUAUCAUCACGGAAUACAUGGAGAAUGGGAGCCUGGUGGAUUUUCUCAAGACCUCCACAGGCAUCAAGCUGACCAUUAACAAACUCUUGGACAUGGCGGCGCAAAUUGCAGAGGGCAUGGCAUUCAUUGAAGAGCGGAAUUAUAUCCACCGUGACUUGAGGGCCGCCAACAUCCUGGUGUCUGAUACGCUGAGCUGCAAGAUCGCAGACUUUGGCCUAGCACGCCUCAUCGAGGACAAUGAGUACACAGCCAGGGAGGGGGCCAAGUUUCCCAUUAAGUGGACAGCACCAGAAGCCAUUAACUAUGGGACAUUCACCAUCAAGUCGGACGUGUGGUCUUUCGGGAUCCUGCUGACGGAGAUUGUCACUCAUGGCCGCAUCCCUUACCCAGGGAUGACCAAUCCUGAGGUGAUUCAGAACCUGGAGCAAGGCUACCGCAUGGUACGACCUGACAACUGUCCCGAUGAGUUGUACCAACUUAUGAUGCUGUGCUGGAAGGAGCUCCCGGAGGACCGGCCCACCUUUGACUACCUGCGCAGCGUGCUGGAGGACUUCUUCACAGCCACAGAGGGCCAGUACCAGCCGCAGCCCUGAGGAGCCUAGCUGGCUGGGGCUUGGAGCCCUCCCCCUACCUAGCCAACCCGGCUUGGGGAGAUGCAGUUCCUGUGUUACACCCAUGUGGCCUAUGCACAUAUGGACUCUGCAUGUGAAUCCCGCCCACGUGCGACACAUACACUUCUCGUAUCCUGUACCCGGGUUCUGUAGUUGGGUGGGCUCUGCACAUGUGUCUUGUACAUGUGUGGCCUGUGCAUAUAUGUCUUGGACACUCGUCCAAGUUGUCCCUUUCUGGGCCCGGCCACUUCUGAGACCACCAAAGAAAGGAGAGAGGCCUGUGAUUGACACCAGCUUCUCCCCACCCCCUUUUCUUUUCCCCUGGUCAUCAAGAAGCUCCUUGAGGGCCGGGACCUUAUCUAAUACCUCUGUGCGCUCCUCUUUGGUGCCUGGCACCCAUAAGGAGCUCAAUAAAUGU